AUGGAUGUCAUAGCACAUAGCACUGAUGCUCCUCUUUUGUUAUCUCUCCACUGCCUUUUUGCAGGUAGCAGCAUGGAUGAAUAUAAAGGCUUGACAGAUAAUGAACUUAUUACCCGUUUGAAGAAGUACAAUAUCUCACAUGGACCUCUUGUCGGAUCAACUCGGAAACUUUAUGAAAAGAAAGUCUACGAAUACGAGAAAGAACGAAAACCACUCUCUUCAUACCGAGGGUCAGGAUCCUACACAGAGCCAAGUAGCAGCAGCGAAAGCUACGUACGAGAGACUUAUGUGAGUCCACGGAGCAGGGAAACCCUCAGCUACGGACGAGAAGCUCUUGGCUCUGGAAGGAUUUAUGUCAGUGAAAACUAUGACUCUCCAAGAACUGAAUAUUACUCUGAGUAUAGAAGUGAAGAUUCCAGUCCCAGCAAGUCCUACCUGAGUCGUAAUUAUGGUUUGUCCCAUAAUGAAGAACAGUCCAGCUAUACUCCAAAAGACUGGGACAUCAAUUCUUCAGAGACUUCAACAACUUUCUACCGCCAGUCUGCAUCAUCAUUAAGCAGUGAUGUACUUCCAGGGUCAGUGAGUGCCCGCCAACCGAUUGCAGAGCCAUAUCCGUACAGUUCCAGUCGGAAUGAUGUGUCAACUGAGAGGGACAGCAGUUCCUACCAGAGCGUCUUCCAUCGGAAAUCAUCUGGCCUGUCCUCUCUGGGGGUAGAGCCACGUCGUGCCAUUCGCCCUGAGCUCCAGGCCCAAACAUCAGCAGCCAAGGCUUCGGAUAGAAGUGCAGGCACCAAGCGCUACAUACCCCUCUGGCUCCAGUUCCUGGUCUUUAUUUUGCUGGCUGGCUUCUUGGCCUUUGUCUACUUCUACCUGCAAGAUGGUGCUAAUGACAACCCAUUUGCGAAUUAUUUUAAGCAGUGAAUCCCUGGAGCCUCAGGCAUGUUGUAUGUUCCAAAGAGCCUGGAAUGUUUUCCACUGAAAUGCCUUCCUCCUUCCUUUCUUAAACCCCAAAGUGAAGUGGUGUAUUGGGGCCAGAGGUGCGUGAGGGCUUCUCACUAACAUCUCUGAAUUAUGGCAGCUCCCCACCCUUCUCCCCAUCCCUUAAAUCAGCUAUCGUGGGGCAUUUUUCAUCUUAUAUUUUUGUAGCUUUGGCUUUAUAAUCAGGGUGUGGGUUGGCAGAACGGGUGGGAUCCUUUCCCUCCAAACACA